GUUGGAAAAAUUGCCGGGGAGAUGGGUUACGGUAAGCAUAGGCGAUCUAAAGGAGGUAAUUCGAAUCCAGGACAAACCAGUAGGACUGAUAAUCUUGCAAGGGAAGAUGAAUCGCUUCCUCAUGAUCAAGGGUCUGAGGAUGAAGCACAAGUUCCAAAUGUUCAGUUGGCAAUGUGGGACUUUGGUCAGUGUGAUGCAAAGAGGUGCACUGGUCGUAAGCUUGCUAGAUUCAACUUGUUAAAAGAACUACGGGUGAACACUGGUUUCGGAGGUGUUGUUUUAAGUCCAGUAGGUAGACAAUGUGUUUCCAAGGAAGACUAUGCUUUGAUUAAAAGGAAAGGACUAGCUGUAGUUGAUUGUUCUUGGGCACGUUUAACUGAUGUCCCCUUUGCUAAGCUGCGUUGUACUGCACCUCGUCUCUUGCCAUGGUUAGUAGCAGCUAAUCCAGUGAAUUAUGGAAGGCCUUGUGAGCUAUCCUGUGUGGAGGCUUUAUCUGCAGCUUUGAUUCUAUGUGGAGAGGAGGAGACAGCAAAUCUUUUGCUAGGGAAAUUCAAAUGGGGUCAUGCCUUUUUGUCUCUGAACAAGGAUAUUCUGAAGGAGUACUCGAAAUGCGAGAAUAGUGCUGAGAUCAUCUCAGUGCAAAAUUCUUGGCUUACUCAGCAAACUCAGAUCCCAAAACAACCAGCUCCCCUCAAAGAACAUGUCAGGGAAGAAGGUGAUGAAUCUGAGGAUGAUGAUGAUUCUCUCCCUCCUCUAGAGAAGAACUUGAACCAUAUCAAGUUGGAAGACAGCGAUGAAGAUGAUGACAACAACUGAGUGAGAUUAAUCUUUCAAAAGUUACAAGAUGAUGACAACAACUGAGUGAGGAUUAAUCUUUCAAAAGUUACACCUGGACCAGUGCUGGUGAAUCUUGUGGAGUAUAAUACCAUGUAUUAUUAUGUUUUUUUUAUUAAUAAAACAAGUUUUUAAAAAUCAACAUUUUUAUUAGUUCAAACAAAAUGAAAAUCUGAAAGUGAAAAGAAACACUAACUUGUGUCUGGAAAAAGAAAAGAAGACCCUCUGUUUCC